GGUAAAAGCUGCACGGAAAUUAAUAGAGAGAAAACCUACUCCACCACAUUAGUCAGUGAACACUAUAGAGACAUACAAGGAGCAGUGAAGGUACAGAGAGAUGGCAGCUCACUCCUGGGGAUACAGUGAUCACAAUGGACCCCAUCACUGGAAGGAACAUUACCCACUAGCAGCAUUUGGAACUCGUCAGUCACCUAUUAACAUCAAGACAAAUUUAGAAGUGUAUGACGAAACACUGAGACCACUUGUCAUCUCAUAUGACCCAACAUCCUCAAAGAUUAUAAGGAACAUUGGGCAUGCCUUUAAUGUUGUAUAUGAUGAUUCCAGCAAUAAAUCAGUGCUUACUGGCGGUUCUCUAGCUGGAGUAUAUAGACUGGCCCAGUUUCAUUUUCACUGGGGCACUACUGAUGCUGAAGGGUCUGAGCACACAGUUGACGGAAACAAGUUUUCAGCCGAGAUGCACUUGGUUCAUUGGAAUGCAGAGAAAUAUGAAAGCAUUUCUGAGGCUAUUACACAACCUGAUGGAAUAGCUGCAGUGAGCGUCUUAUUUAAGGUUGGUGCUCCCAAUCCUUCUCUGGAAAGAAUAAUUACUGCACUGCAUUCCAUCAAAACAAAGGGAAAAGAAGCACCAUUCACAAAUUUUAAUCCAAGGCUACUGUUUCCUCCUUCCCCACUGGAUUAUUGGACAUACUUGGGUUCUCUAACCACUCCUCCUGUCAACGAAUGUGUUAUCUGGCAUGUGCUAAGGCAGCCAAUGACCCUCAGUUCAGCACAGCUGGCAAAUUUCCGAAACCUGUGCACUACUGAAGAGGGUGAGAGGCCUUGUUACAUGGUAAAAAACUACCGUCCACCCCAAGCCUUAAAAGGCAGGGUGGUAAGAUCUUCCUUCUGUCUAGACAAGCAAACCAAAAAAUAGUCAUUUUUAUGGACUACAUAUCUUCAACAUUUGUACUUUAAUGAGAUUUUACUAAACACAGUGUUAAGGAUUAAAUGGUCUUUGCCUUAAGAUCAGACUGCAAUCAAUUCAAGAUUUUUACAAGCAAAUAUUCAUGUUUUGACUAUAAAAUGGAAAACUGCUAUAGCCUACCAGUAAGCAAAAAAAUGUACACUUGUCAUUAUUCUUUGUGAAGUACUUAAUGUUUCAAGUGACGUAUGCAAUGAAGAGUAACAGCUGCUGUUUUCCAUUAGUUCCAAUUUUUGGAAAAUUUAAAAGUAAGACUAGAUUCUUCACAUAUUAAUAAGAGAAAACAUUAAAUCAGAACAUCUGUAAGAUACAUAUGAAUAACUGACAGGACAUUUGGCUAAAAAAAAAAAACACAUCCAAAUACAGAUUUCUAUUUUUUCCAAAUUUUACUGCAUGGUCCACUGUUUUAGUUAAGAGGUAACAUAUCUGAUCUAGUUAAAGCAAUUUUAUAUCUUAAAACCACACUGUUUUGUUUCCCUAAUUAUGCAUAUCUAAAUGGUAUUUUCUGAGAAAAAGUUAAUUACAGAAGCCAGAGUCAUUCUACAGAUAACAGAUCAUGUGGGAGCCUGGCAGCUGUGUUACAGCUCUUUCAGUAAGGAGUGUAAAGUAAUUUUACUGAAAACCACUUUCAGACCUAAUGGACUGUACUUUUAUGCACUGUUGUGCAACUGAUAUAAGUUUGGUAGGUGACUGCAUCUAUCUACAGGAGCAUGUAGUGGUUUUGCCCCCUCCCCCUCCCCCCAAAAAACAAUAUUUUAUAUAUAUAUAUAUAUAUAUAUAUAUAUAUAUAUAUCACUGAGUUCUAUGGUACUGUUACUCAAUUAACUUUCUUUUGGUAUGUCAUCAUGGCUCCUGCAGCAGUUACUGUGCUACUAUUCUACUAUCCCUCUGUUGGUUAUGUACCACAGUAAAGACAGUGUCAGAAGCAAUGUCCAGAAUUCAUUACAGUCACCUUUAAACAUUUGUAUACUCCCACGGCAGUCUAAUUUCAGUACGACUUCUACUAAUAAAAAGCAUAGCACUUGUUAUAAAUAAUAUUUUGUUAGCUAGCUGGAUAGGUGGGCUACUACAAACACACUAGUUUCAGCCUGAAUGUAAACCCAUGACUCAGCAAAAGUUAUACAUUUUUACACAGCAAAAAGUUAGAGGAGUUUACAUUUGUAAAAGUAGUUUACAUUUCUAUGAUUCGUUACAUGAGUUUUAAACAAGAAUACAUAAAAUAUGAAAUUAAGCCCAAAUGCCUGUUCCAUGAUUCUUCUUGCCCUUACUGUUUACUUCCAACCGUUCCUAUAGUAUUUCAGCGAAUAGCCAUUCGUCGAACACCUAUUUAGUGAAGCCGCUCUUCAAAGAACAGAGAAUUUUAACUACAGCAAACCAGCCAUUGGUUACCAUCUGGAAUUUGCCCUUUUCCCCAUUGUAUUAUGAUCUCGGAGUUGGUAUAUUUAGUUAGGGGGGUGGGUGGUAUAGCCCUCCCCCCACCUUGGCAAGUUUGAAAUUUUAUUUUUUUUUUAUUUAUUUAUGUUUGCAAUUGCUUGGUGCCACUUGUUUGCCUUACUUAAAAUUUGCCCUUUCCACCUCCCUUAAAGUCUGAGAUAAUCAAAUCUUUGUAUAUCAUUUGUAAAAUAAUUUAUUAUAUGUAUCAGGACAUCUUUCAGUCUGUUUCCUUAGUUCAUCAUCGUCCUCAUAAAAAGAAAUGCCCUUAUAUCCCUUAUAAACAAACCUCAUGUUUUCUGCCUGAAUUUAUAGAACUACAGCUAUAUGUUUCACUAUGUGCAGAAUACUAAAUACACCUCUACGGGACUAGACAAUCUUUCUCCUUACCAUACUGUCCCACAUCUUAUUUUAGGACUUGUUAGGUCCUUGUAUUAUCGUUGCUGUGCAAGUAUCUGGAUUAUUCUUUUCUUGUGGUUUGCAAUGCAUAUCUUCCCAGUUAUGCUAACUGCCUUCACCUGGACAUAAAUUUUACUCAUUUAUGGUGAUACUGUUC